AUGGCACAAGUAGUCACAAACCUGGAUCAACCCUCCACUUACAGGGACAACAGGUCGGAAAUCGACCGGGAGACUGAGCGCCGUCUUUUGGCACAGUCCACCACCCUUUACGUUGGCAACCUAAGUUUCUACACAACAGAGGCUCAAAUGUAUCAACUAUUUGCGACAUGUUCUCUUCCUGAGCUCGGAGGUGGAAUCAAGCGUAUCAUUAUGGGCCUCGACAGAAACACCAAGACACCGUGCGGCUUUGCUUUUGUGGAAUAUUUCCUCCACGAAGAAGCCGUCAACUGUCUCCGCUACAUUUCCGGCACAAAAUUAGACGAGCGAGUGGUCCGAUGUGAUUUGGACCCGGGGUACAAGGAGGGCAGACAAUUUGGACGAGGAAGAAGCGGUGGGCAAGUGCGAGACGAGUUCAGACAGGAAUACGACAGUGGACGAGGCGGAUGGGGACACCAACGUCUCGAAGAAGAGCGCAGGCGCCAAGAACAGGACCAACUACGUUCUCAAAUGCAGUUCGACACCUACGCCGCUGUAGGCGGUCUUGGUAUGGCAGGUGCAGACGUCCCCCGAGGUGAAGAGUUCUUUGCCGACAGGACAAAGCGAGAUAGAAGUGAAGAAGAGGAUGAGGAUCUUGAGAGACGGGAGGAUGAGAAGCGUUUACGCGGGGAGAAUGAUGACGAGUAG